AUGGCACAAAUAAGAAAGAUGCAAAAUGUAACUUCGUGGAAGCAACACUGCAGAUCACUAGCACCUCAUUCACUUGUAGCACUUUUUAUUUUAUUCAUUACAACAGCUUCGAAAGUGGAAGGUCAAAUCUAUCGAAUACAAAAUAAGCUGCUCGACGAGACACAGUUUAGUAAUCCGAAAUCAUUUGAUUAUAAUUUCGAAGACGAUUUCAAAAAGUUGGCCGAUAGAAAUGACGUAUACGAUGAAUUAGUACCUUAUCUGCCAACAUUUAUUCUACAUAAAAACGGGAAAAAUGCUGGACGAACAAGCGUACCAAUUAUUACUCGUAGAAUACCAGGUUGGUCAACACCUCCACCAAAACAAAAAUAUAUUGAACCUUACAAGCCAUUUUCUGCUAAAUCUUCCGGUGGUUUCCAACGAUCUCGCCUGCAAAUGCCUACGACACUGAUUGUUAGGCCAGUCAGCCAAAGGUUGACGACUCGUCGAGGUACCACAUGGACGACAACAACACGAACCACUACUACUACCAUUAGAUCUCGAGCUUUCUUGCAACAGCAACAACAUGAGCAACGGCAACGACAGCAACAACGACAGCUGAAUAUUGGGCUGGACGGUUUUACACGACGUUUAUCCAGACCUCAUUCACCUUUGGAUGGAGCAGUUAUAGGAUCUAAGCUGGUGAAACAGUUCAACAGUAAAAGAAACAUCAACAGUAAUACUGUUAUUCGAUCUAUUCAGUCACAUGUGUUAGCUAAACCGUUAGUAAUACACACCGGCAGUGGCCCAUACUUAGGCCCAACAUUCAACUGCAAAGUACUAACACCUAAAAACGAUGGUCGACCUUCACCAGUUACCGACAAAACAUGUGUUUUGGAACAGCCUGGCAUUUCAGCCGAUGGCAGAUGUCGUUGUACAUAUGUGGUAUCGGAUCGUGACAGUAAUGGUUGCGCAUUAGGAUUUUUGUUUACUUGCUUACCGAAAUAA